UCAAUUAAAUUUACCCGUUUGUGUAAAGAAUAUAAUACAAUAAUGCAGAAAAUCUCGUAAUGCUGGCAUUUGGUCGGGCUUGCAUUGGAGCGACAUCUACAGUCAUCACAGAAAAAAAUAAUAAAAAGAUGCAGCAAAUAUUAACAAUAUCUUACGUUUUAACGUUUCUUAAUGUUGUUGGGAUAGUUCUAGGCAUACCAGAUGAAAAAAAUGAGAAACCACAAGCAACCAUAUUGAGGCAAUACACAUAUUUAGUACGUUGGAAAUUGGGAGAUCUUGAACAAUAUAAGGAUUGUGAACUCAGUUAUGGUGCAGACCUUAGCAAUAAUCUCACAGUUGUGCAGUAUAUAGUGCCUGCCAGCAUUGUGCAAGGAUAUGAACUAAAUAAUUUAAGUGCUCAUGCCAAGUAUACUGUGAGAAUUGUAUGUUAUAGAAAUAAUGGGUUGUCUCCAAUCAAUAGCACAGUGGAUUUUAUUACAAAUGGCUCAUUGGAAGAUGUGACUACACAACAGACAGGAGUCAAUACAGAGACAAAAAGAUCUAUAAUUUCCACAGUCACAAGUACUGAAUAUCCCUCAGUUUUAAAGGAAAAGAUAUCUUAUGGUAUGCUAAACAAAGUAGACAUUACUCUUGGUGUUAUCUUUGGUAUUGUUGGGAUAACAAUAGUUGCUGGUGGAACGUUUUAUAUUUGGAGGAAGGUACGCAGAUACAACAGGAUACAGAGAUUUGUUGGGUAUGUAUCUACAUAAGUUUUAAAUGUAAACUACACUUACUGUAGAAGGUUUAUUUUUCUUCAAGAGCACCAUAUCU